AUGAAUAUAUCAGAAGAUCAGAAACGAUGGUUAGUUAUUGGGAUUGCUUUCAACAAGCUGGUGCCUCAUAUUCGACCAUUUGUAGAACAGUCUUUACAGGCAGAGUACCAGAGCUUGAAGUCCAGCCAUAACAUUCACAUCCAAACUCCACCUGGAAUUCUCAAGAAUCAUCCCAAACAUCUGAAAUAUGAAAACAUCAAUAGUAACAGCAGUCACAAACUCUCUCCUUUCAAGUUUGACUUUUCGAAAUUUGACUAUAAGGUAUCAAGUCAUGUUGACUUUGCCAAGCUCUACCUUCAGCCAUUCAUGGCCAAGUUCAGUGCAUUUGAUGGAAAGUGUGAUGGGUCCGCUGUUCUUUCAUUACUUGUUGAAGUGCCUGUUUUUUCGAAUGCAACACAGUUCUCAGCUAAGGCAGUAAGAGAGGAUGUCAGAAAUGAGUGGGCUCACUGUAACUUCACAGACUGGGAUGCAGUUAAGUUCCAAGGUUGUUUCCACGAAAUGCGAAAGCUUGUCCAUUCCUUCGCACUUCCUACAGCAGAUGAAACCACACUAUUAUCCGAACUAAAUGACUGGGAAACCAAAGGUAUGUUUCUAAAUUAUGUUACCUUAAAUGUUUAUUAUAGUAUUAGAGAGCGUACCGGUAAGCCCUUGUUAUUUGGGCGUCGCCCAAAUAGAGGAAUCGAGAUCUCUUGUUUUGAUCCAAAGUUGCAAUAGGCACGCAAUACGUGCGAACGUAAUUAAGCUAAGUAAACAAGUCAAGCGACGCGAAAGUCUGCCGCGUGAUAUGUCACGACACAGCAUUUAUCCUCGUUACGCACGUCCCACAGAUAACGCACGGCAAACAAAAUGGCAAUAGAGAAAAAAGGUACACCAUUGAGUGAAAUAAACUUAAAUCAUUUAAGUUUUCCCUUUGGAAAAUAAUUGUCCUCGCAGAACACGGCGUGAAUAUUUUUCCUCUGGACCACAGGUACCGAUCAUUGCCCUUUUUCACUGUACAAACUAUUCAUUACCAGUAUUAAAGGACAUGUCCUCUCAGAGGACAAUUUUUUGCUGGGAAAAGAUGAACUUUUAAAUCUUAAGCUUACGGUAGUUUUUAUCGUACCUAGAAGCCGGGUGAUUUUUGAGAAAUUUGAAGGUAAAUCUGUCGAAAAUAAUUGGAAUUGACGCGUUUGUCUCGUUGCCAAGGGUUUGACAACAUUUUUGCACUCGCAUGACAUAAAAAAGUGUGACAGUGAAUGAUGCAUAAUUUCAUUACAGAUUUUCGGAAAGGAGGUGUUUCUUUCAACCUUAUUCAGCAAAAUGAUUUCGUAAAUAAGUUGCAUUCAGCCUGUGCAUUCUUUCACGUUCGAACCGUAAAAUGGACAGAGUCCAACAUCUUCAUGUGCAAACAGGGGUUAAUUAGAUUAAGUCGUAUUCUCUCACAAAAGCGGCAAAUUUCAAAGCGUUCACGUGCAAACUGCGUGACAAUACAACUCACAGUAAGGGUCUGAUCAUUUGAGCCGGGCUGACUAGUGACUAGGUGACUUUUAUCCUGGUGUUAGAUGAAAAGGGCCAGCCCGGAGCCGCCGUUUUUAUAUAAAGAUUAGAAGCAAUGCGCCUGAGCAGUGUGUUACCCGCUGUCUUGAUUCUCGCUUUGUUCAUUCGCCGGGCCGCUCGGCGAGCGUGAUUACUUGGAAAAUUUCUACCUGCGAUCCAGGCAUCACAAUACUGGGAUCCCAGCUAACCGGGCUGGCAAGGAGCUCAUGUAAUCCGACUGUUAGUUCUAUAGCCAGAUUUUACGCCCUUCCCCCUUGAUCUCACCAAUUUUUUAAAGCCCCCCUGACAUACACACAACAUUUCAUCCCCCAACAUCUUCAUACCUACUUCUCUACGUGAAAUAAACUUUCCCUUAUCUACGUUCUCUCCAGACAAAUAUUAUCAAAAAUAAUUGAAAAACAAUCUUAAACAGAAAGCCUAACAGCUGGUUAAAUAAGUUCAGGUUUUCAGCUAUUGAUAAGAUCUUCCACAACCACUACUUCUUUUCAACAGACUGUGACUACACUAUCCCUUCAUAACCAAAUUGUCACUUCUACUACUACCUUACUGCAAUACCUAAAAUGACUUUUACCUUCUAAAAAAAAUUGUUACUACAAUUAAAUUCUACGAGAAACCAGUUUCAAUGAUUAACGAACUACCACCAUUAUCUUACCAAUCCACGUCUAACAUAACUCCACACUUUCUACUUCAUACAUCUCAAGCAACCCCUAAAAUAUAUAACCCUAGUGCACUAGUCGCACAUCCCUAAUAGACAAUAAACUUCACACACCCCUAGUACAUCGACACCCAAAUAAACGCUCCCGCAGCGUCUUGUUUUGAGGAGGAAUCGUAUUAAUUUGAGGGGGGAGGACAUUAGUGCUGAUCAUAUCAUAGCGUUGUGUCUAUCUCAUGAAUUAAAUUGGGGUAAUCUCAUUAAGAUAAGGUCAUGCGUAAUUAACUUGUUGAUUACGCGUAGCUUAAGAAACGAGUUAUUGUGGGCACUGCGAUAUGCAAAUAUCUCACUCAGGUGUGGACAAAUUCGUAAUUAGUCAGCUCCGCGCGAAAGCGCCCGAUAUCAAAACAACAACUGUCUUAGAUCGAUUGUUCCCGUUCUGCGAUCAAGAAGUGCUGAGCGUGCAUUGUGCCCAAAGCUUUAGAUGUUCUGAUUUUGUAUCUUUCACAGGACGAUAAGUUGUCUUCAUGUGGACUUUAAAUGUUUCAAAUUAGCACUAUGGCCGACUUUGAGACAGAAGUUUAUGAAUUUCUGAAGCUUUUUGACUCGUUCAGUUGAUAAACAUGACGAAACGAUCAGCAAUUGCCCUUCGACCCCCAAGCUGGUCCAAGCUCACGAAUCUCCCGUGAGUCUCACGAUUCUUUGACUUUUCUUGCGACAAGACUCCCAAUCUCAUGGUUUUUAGUGAAAUGUCAUUCUGAAAUGAAAUGUUUCUUUGUUCAAUAAAAACGGAAAUGUUUACUGUUGUGAAUCCAUAGAUAAUAGAUUAUCCAUGCUGAAUCGUAACUGAUUCUCCUCAUGUAAAAGGCUGAGAAUUACGCAGCAGCUGCUCGGAAGAGAAGUCACGAAUGGUGCCUAACCCUGACCCCAAACAAUACUAAAACAUUGAAGGAAUGGCAUGUCAUUGUUUCUUCCAAUUUGGAGAGACCUUCCGAGCAGCUUCUACACCACCCACCCAUUGCGAACUGUACAACGCUGUCAGCAAGAGACUUUGCGACGGAUUUCCGAGACACUUGUCGGCCAUAUGUUCUUCAAAUGCGACGAAAUGAGUUAAAGUACGGCUUUUACCGUCAAAACCCGGCUUGUUUUCCUCGCAUAUAUCUUUCAAUUCUUCAUUUAUAAAGCUCUACCAGCUUCAAAUAGCGUCCACCGGCAGAAUUUCAUGGGCAAAAAUGUUAAACAUAACUAAUUUAAAACUUUUGCUUCACGUUAGUUGUCGUGGCGCAAUAGAUAACUCGUUGCCCUUACACGUCAAGGGUCUUGGGUUCAACUCCCGCCGGUGGAAACUUUUUCUUCCUUUUCUUGGUCGUUUGGUUUUGUUUUUUUUUUUAAAACAUAAUUGCCUUUUUUGACAGACUUAAACUAUACCGGUAGACUAAUUGCAAGUUCAUUGCAAGUUCAGGAGGCAGCGUGGCCGAGUGGUCAGCGCGUCGGACUCGCAAUCCGGCGGUCCCGGGUUCGAGUCCCGCUCUGGCCACUUGCUGGAUUUGUGCUCGGUCGUCCCGAGUUCAAAUUCUCGGCCACGCUUGUAAAUAGCCAACUGGUUGCCUUCUGCCAGUUGGGGUUUUUAAUCCUGUUAUGUUGUAUUUGAAUUAUUUGUUUCUAAAUAUUUGAGUGGAGUGCCUGUAAAUUAGCUGACUAGCUAAGUGCACCUUCCACUAUAAACAUGCCUUUAACCUUUUUAACCUUUUAACCUUUCAGCUUUCAUUUCCAAGAAAAUUAACCGAUCCACAAGUUAGCCAUAGGCACCCUUUGAUUUUUAGGUGGUUUUAGCGGUUUAACAGGUGUUAGUUAGUUGUGUGCGUCAUGUCAUUAUUUAAGGUGUAGGGAUCAUAUCCUUAUUGUUUCAGAUGUCUUUUCGUUAAUGGACUUAAACGCAUUUGUAGUGAAGUAAUAAUUGCCAGCCUCUCUGUGAUUAUAAAUAGUUGAUCGCAAAAUAAUUAUGCAAGUUCUGUUUCCCGUUACUGCAUUGUCCUAUUCAUAAGACAACUGUCCAAAUUUCAAUCCACUUAUUCCUGUUAUUCUUUUCACUCUUGGUGCGCUAAUUGUGCAUAGUAGUGAAGGCACAAACAAACCAAUUCAAACUAUUUAAAACAACCUAAAAAUAAUACACGACCUUAUUAUCUUAAUGCCAUUCCCCACAUUUUUUUUCAUGCGAUAAAGAUCAGUGCUAAUGUAUCCCCCGUCAUAUUAAUGCAAUCCCCCCUCAAAAAAGGCCCAACCCGUACGCCCAUUACUAGCAAUUCUGAGCAAGUCCGUGCGUGAUCCGAGUAAGCAACUGAGCUAACCGCCGCCCGGUUAGCUCAGUUGGGAGAGCGCCGGUCUGCUGAGCGGGAGACCGUAGGUUCAAACCCCGGCCGGACCAACACUCAGGGUCUUUAAAUAACGGAGGAGAAAGUGCUGCCUUUGUAAUAACAUCUGCAAAUGGUUAGACUUUCUAGUCUUCUCGGAUAAGGACGAUAAACCGUAGGCCCCGUCUCACAAGGCCUUGCACAUGUAAUUAAUCUGUGGGACGUUAAAGAACCCACACACUCUUCGUAAAGAGUAGGGCACGUAGUGCCCGGUGUAGUGGUCUAUCUCACUUUCACACUCAUGUAUGGGGGCAUCAUCACUCAUUCCGUCAGUACUUGUAAACUGCACCUUAAGCAGUCUGGCAAAGUCCCCCAACCAGUGUUGUAAAUUAUCCCUGAAAAGCCCUGUGGGGAGUGGAUAAUAAGAUAUUUACAUAGUAUUUACAGUAAUCCUUGCGUCAUCCAUCGAGGAAACUGUUGAAAAAGAUAUUUUGUAAUCUGAAAGAAUUUUAUAAUGUGCGGUUAUCCUAAGGAUUAAUGGUCGAUUCGCCAACGUCCUUUUUGCUAACGUCUCAAGUUGUUGUUGUUUUUUUUAAGUCAGUUACCUAACUUCUUUCACGAGAACGAGUUGUAUACACAUGCGCAUCGGACGUUGUCGUGUCAUAACGGAAAUAACGAGAAAUAUGUAUGUGUAGUGCUCGUUUCGUUUGGUAAGCAAAACGAUUUAAGACGUUACCGAACGGGGCGUUGGCGAAACGACGCGUUUUCGAGUUGACCAGUCACCGUCGUGAGAUACAAAAACGCCGUUACAUAUAGGCUUUAGUAGAACUGUUGAGUUCUGUAGAGAUCUGGGGAGAAGCCAUGUACGGCCAACUAUAGCUAGUCAUCGAAUAUGUCUGAGUUUUCUGAUCCGUGAUUUUAAGGGCAGCUCGGGAAAAAAAAAAUUAAUUAUGUAUCUAAUAACUAUUAACAGGUGACCGUAUUAACGAGGGUACUUUACAAAAAAAAUGUAUGGCUCUUUUGCCAGGCGGCCAAAGGUAUUACCAAGGUGCCCGUAAGGCGGGGUUUCACUGUACUUAUACAUGGCCGCAUAAAGAUACGAAAUUUCUUUUCGAGUUUUGAAAUAUUUUUUAACACGAGAAGAGAAAGUUCGUAUCUCUAAGCGGCCACGAAAUGGUUUUUUGUGUGAACACCAAUGAAACGCCAAACAAUUUCACUUAUAUUUAUAUAUUUUUUUCUGCGAAAGGUGCAAUUUGUUAUGCAAUCAAAGAAACGGUUAUCUUUUGACGUGUGAGGACAUCAUUUUUUCUUGCGAACACUCACCUGGUGUUUCAUUGGUGUGUACAUAAUAAAUGGAGCACACAUUUAAUCAAAGUCGUUUUCCUUCUGCAUAAACUUUACAUUUGUCAUGAACGUCUAUAUUUAUGAUAACGUCAUUGAGGACUUUGAGUUGUUCUGUUGACAGGCACUGCGUUCUGUUGUAACUGCCCUGUAGACCCUACCCUGUUAAGCUUGGUACACAAUGAAGUGUUGCAGCUUUCCUCCAGUUUGGAAGAUUUUGUUUGCCAGUUUAAGGAACAGAACCACGUCCUGAAAUCGCAGGUCUUGGAAGUAAAGCAAAAUCUCGAAGAGCUACUGGAACUUCCCCAGAAAGUUAAAGAAAUGAAGAAUGACGUGGAAACCUUGAAACAACAAAUGGCAGAUUUAAGUUGGAGUGCUAUGAAACGUCAACAGAGUGUCAACCCUCCAUCGUUCUUUGGAGCGCUAGAGAGAAAUGAAUAUUUUACAGGCCGCAAAAAAGAGCUAGAAUCCUUGGACAAUGCCUUUCAAGACGUCACCACCACGAAAGAUGUUCUGAAAGGGUGUAAAACGAGGACUAAAGUUCAUGGUAUUUGCGGGCUUGGGGGCUGCGGGAAGUCAUCUCUUGCUUUCGAAUAUGCUUGGCGCAACCUGGAACGUUACUCCGGAGGCGUUUACGUUAUAAAUGGAGAAAGUGACGAACUGUUGCGAUCAUCUGUUCAAGGAAUCCAUGGACAAUUCGUGUACAAGUCUCAGCCCAACAGGCACGAAGAAACAAAACAGUUUGAUCACCUAAUGACAGAAACUCUGUCGUGGCUUGGUAGUCUAAGUCGCAAGUGGCUUUUGCUUGUAGACAACAUGGAUCAAAAGAAACUUAGCUCCUACACACGAAAAAUGUUUUUAGGCCAGUGGAAAAGUAAAACUUUAGGGGACAUUCUUGUCACUUCUCGUAGAAGUCCUCAAGCGUUUUGUGAGGACCUAGAUCUUCGUCCUGAAAACUGUCUUGAGCUGGAUGCUUUUCCUGUCGACGAAUCUAUUGAAUUCCUAAAGAAACGCACCGGAUUAGCAACCGCUUUUGAAAAUCAAGAGGAAGGAGUAACAGAACUUGCCCAGGAGCUCGGUGGAUUACCGUUGGCCCUAGAACAAGCUGCUGCUUACAUCAGUGCGUUAAAGUGCUCGGCUCAGUCGUACCUUGAGCAGUAUCGUGAACAAAAGUCGAUUCUUUUGAAUAGGAAAAGCGCCAAACCAUGCUCAGAGGUCUACAGUGAGGCACGCCUGGCUGUACAAACUACAUGGCGUCUGAAUUUCAGUUACAUAGAAAAUGACGAAACGGAUGAAGGACUUGGAAAGGCCGCUUCUUUCUUCAUGAAAAUUGCCACAUACCUGUCCCCAGAUGAGAUACCCAUUGAGAUUUUAAAUGUGGGCGCCCCAGAGAUUGACCAUAAGUACCUGAAGGAUCGCUUGAAGAUGCCAAUCGGUGCAGAACAAAUUGUUGAUUUGAUGCUUAGGUUUUCACUUUUCAAACGCAAGUCAGAUGAUAGCUUGAGUAUCCAUCGACUUGUUCAAGAGACAUUGAAAGAGCGUUAUAGUAAUAAAGGGGAAACUGAAAAAGCUUUUUCUUCUGCCAUAAGAAUGUUGCACCAUUCCUUUCUUGACUGUGUUGGAGGGACAGACUUCCUUUACGAAUGGCAAUUGAGACAGGAUUAUCUGAAAGAUGAAACAGGGAGUUGCAAAGACCAGUUCCGUCAGCGUCUCGAAAGUUUACGCCAGGCCAAACUGGAGAGUCGACGAUGGAAAGUGCUCUCUCUUAAUGCUAAUCACCUCCUUUUUCAUCUCUUGAAAAAUUCAUGCUUGAAACCUGAUUACCUAUUCCGUGAGGAAACUGCCAGGAUAUUUUGCGAAGCAGCCUUAUAUUGCUAUUCUUUGGAAAUGAACAGUGAAGGAUACUGCCUACAACAAUAUGUGUUCGAAAUUUUGUGCGCAGUAAAAAAGUCCAUUUGUUUUUACAAAGGAGAUGAACUAAUGAAAGUAGCGAGAGUCCUAAGGCCCCUUUGUGACCCUAGUGUAGUUCUAUUAAAGUUAAGAGCUCCAUCAGAUGAAACGAUUGAAAAUGCCAUUAGUCGAACAGGUGUCAAGAUAGGCACCACUCAAAACAACGAAUUGUUAGAAGGGAUUGAAAUGAUAAAACCAAAGGCGAGAGAAGCUUUCUCCAGGGGCGAUUAUCAAGCCUCGUCAGAUCUUUACACUGAGAUUUUAAACUUACCAAUCGCGGUAAAUCAACCUAGCGCUCGUCCUCUUGGAACAAUUUUUUGUCACCGUGGUAUUACGAAUAUGCAAUUGAAAAACAUUGAGACUGCUUUGGAAGACUUCAAUGCUUCUAUAUACGCUGACACUGAGCUUUAUCGUGGCUACUACUGGAAGGCAUACACACUUUGCAAACUCGUUGAAAGUGGAAGAACCGAGUUCACCAGCAGAGCCCAAGCUGCAGCAGCAGUACUUCACUACAAGUUUGCACGUUCCAAAGCAGGUGAUAUUCGAAAACUGCAACAUAAAUUUCAGAAGGUUUCAGGAUUGCUUGAUAGAAUAAACUACAAUUUUGUCACCAGUGUUAACCAGCUCAAGGAACUAGAGAGUCAGCUCUCUGGAGAACGAAAUUCAAAUGAUCCAUUUACAGUGAUUCUAGCAGAAGGGAAAUUCGAUUUGAAAAAGAUUGUUUUAUCGAAAGGGUCUUAUUAUUUUGUCUGUCUUCCUGGAGGUUCCGCUGUUCUUAGUUUCAGCAGAGGAUUGUUUUUGUCAGAUGCGUCUUUUCUAUUUGAAAAUGUUCAUUUCGAGAAUUCUUUGCCCUCAGCAAACCUCGAUCAACCGUUGUCGUCUGAAGCACGAGCUUCUAGUGCUGCAGAGAGAGAAGAGCUACAUUCAAUAACGUUGGGAAAAUCACACCUGAUUAAGAAGCAAGUGUCCACCGGCAGUGAACGCGAAGUUAAUGCUCUGAUAGAGGCUAAUAACGUUAAAUCAUUGGUCAUGGAUCACUGUCUUGUCGAUUCUUCAAAUGGUGUAGGAGUAUUGGUGAAGGCACAUCACCGUCAGCAAGUAAUUGUUUCAGUUAGGUCUACUGUAAUUCAAAUGAGUAAUGGGCCUGGAAUCUUUAUUCGAGGAGGAACAGCUGAUUCCCACAUAAGUAUUUGUGACAGUCAACUACACAGUAAUAUGUGUGGUAUUUUAAUGGUUACCCCAGCACGUUUUUACAUGGAAAAUAAUCGUAUUCUCUAUAACUUAGCUGGUGGUAUUGUGGCCGCCGGAGGUUGUAAUGGAGGAUUAUUGAGAAAUUCAUUGGAAGGUUCUCGGUGUGCCAUUUUGUUGAAAGGAUCAAACGCGACAGUAGAAGAAAGCGUUAUUGCUGAACAGUCUGGUUGGGGAAUCGUUGUUUGUGCUGGAAGCAACUUAAUUUGCAAACAUACAACGUUUGGAGAUAAUUGCUGUGGGGGACUUCGUGUCAUGUUAAAUGGCAAAGGAAAUGUUUUGGUUGAGAAAUGCGAGUUUAGGAAAAAUCUUGGUCCAGAUGUUUUUCCCGCUAAUGCCAAAGAAAUUUGCCCAUUGGAUUUGCAAUGUAAAAAGAUUUUCACAAGUCCCCAGGAAUCGUCCAGUAUAUUUCACUUACGUAAUUUCCUUCAACUAGCGAAAACUGACAUGUUAGAAUACGCUGAUGAACUCAAGAUCCCCUUGCUUCUUGACAACAGAGUUUUGGACGUUCCUGAUGUUCUUCCUUGGGAACCGCGUGAAAGAUGUUCUGGGUGUUGGAAAGAUCUACAGUCGGUUGGUGAUUUUAUGGAAUGUUCCAGUUGCCUUGUUGCAAGGUUCUGUAGCAAGCAGUGCUCUGACACUGCAAGAGAUGUUCAUUCUUUCGUCUGUAACUCUAUUCUUGAAGCAAAUAAGGAAUGCCAACCUUUGCAGCUACUGUCCAGCUCGCCAAUAAAAGCAGCUUGUCAACGUAAAGCUGGCAACUGUUUGUGUGUUAUUUCUGCUCUAUUCAAUCUGCUUGGUCCAGCAGAAUCUCGCGGGCGCGGUAUCUGUAUAUUAACUUGUCCACAGCGCAACCUUCAUACUGUGCUAACAUCCGUACAUUUGCACAGUUUUGUAAUGUUUCAUGGGGUUCUGAUCAAAGAAAGUAUGUUGGACAUCAAGGCAGCUAGUAUUUUGGCAAACUUUGAUCCUGAUUCCCAUACCGUCACUGUUUACUGGCAUCGCAUUUUCCCUGUCGACAAAGUACCAAAUGGUUGGAACUGGGUGAACAGAUCGUUAGAUUUGUUCGCAAAAUCCUGCGUAAGGGAAGGUGCGUCUUAA